GACACAAGAGCUCUCUUCUGUUUAACUGCGUACAAAAUGGCUGUCGUGGUAUAGCGCAAGGGGCUUCUGUGUUGACGGAAACAUACACGAAGGGAGAAUAACAAGCCGUCCUGCUCAGAGACUUGUCAGUGUUAUUUUUAAAGAGGUGUUGCUGUGAGGGGCAGAGCUGGAUUCCACGUGUUCUCUGAAGAUGACCAGCCUGGCCACACAGAGCCUGCUCACCUAUGUGGAGGAGGAGAAUGUGGUGGCACUCAAGGCCCUGCUGGAGAAGUACAAGGAAGUGGAUGAGAGAAACGAGAAUGGACAGACUCCAUUGAUGCUGGCAGCUGAGCAAGGCAACUUAGAGAUUGUUCAAGAGCUCUUGAAAAAAGGAGCAAAUGUCAACCUGGAUGAUAUCGACAGCUGGACAGCCCUUAUCUGUGCAUCAAAGGAAGGCCAUACUGAGAUUGUGAAAGAGCUGCUGAGCCACAAUGCCAACCUGGAACACAGGGAUAUGGGCGGAUGGACUGCCCUCAUGUGGGCUGCAUACAAAGGCCGCGGUGAGGUGGCAAGAAUGCUGCUUGCCAAAGGGGCCAACCCCAACAUCACUGGCCAGCAAUACAGCGUCUAUCCCAUUAUCUGGGCGGCUGGGCGAGGACAUGCAGAGAUUGUGCAUCUCUUGCUUCAGUAUGGCGCCAAGGUCAACUGCUCAGACAAAUAUGGUACCACCCCCUUAAUCUGGGCAGCCAGGAAAGGCCAUUAUGACAGCGUGAUGCACUUGCUGGAGAAUGGAGCCGAUGUGGAUCAGGAAGGAGCUAACUCCAUGACGGCCUUGAUCGUGGCAGUGAAAGGCGGCUACACUGACGUGGUGAAGGAGCUGCUGAAGAGGAACCCAAAUGUCAACAUGACAGAUAAGGACGGGAACACGGCGCUGAUGAUUGCCGCCAAAGAAGGCCACACCGAGAUUGUCCAAGACCUUCUGGACGCAGGGACCUACGUCAACAUCCCAGACAGGAGUGGGGACACAGUGCUUAUUGGUGCAGUGAGAGGUGGCCAUGUGGAGAUUGUUAGAGCACUGCUACAUAAAUACGCUGACAUAGACAUCAGGGGGCAGGAUAAUAAGACUGCGUUGUACUGGGCGGUGGAGAAAGGGAACGCCACUAUGGUGAGAGACAUCCUGCAGUGUAAUCCAGACACUGAAACCUGCACCAAGGAUGGAGAGACCCCUCUUAUCAAGGCCACGAAGAUGAGAAACAUUGAGAUUGUGGAGCUGCUCCUGGAUAAAGGAGCCAAAGUGUCUGCUGUAGACAAGAAAGGAGAUACACCUCUUCACAUUGCAAUUCGGGGAAGAAGCAGGAAGCUGGCCGAACUUCUUCUGAGAAACCCCAAAGAUGGACGUCUACUGUACCGCCCCAACAAAGCUGGAGAAACCCCUUACAACAUUGACUGCAGCCACCAGAAGAGCAUCUUAACUCAGAUUUUUGGAGCACGGCAUCUGUCUCCCACGGAGUCAGAUGGCGACAUGCUGGGCUACGACCUGUACAGCAGCGCGCUGGCGGACAUCCUGAGUGAGCCCACCAUGCAGCCGCCUAUCUGCGUGGGCCUGUAUGCUCAGUGGGGUAGUGGGAAGUCAUUCCUACUCAAGAAGCUGGAAGAUGAGAUGAAGACGUUUGCAGGGCAGCAGAUCGAGCCUCUGUUCCAGUUCUCCUGGCUGGUGGUUUUCCUCACUCUGCUGCUGUGUGGCGCCGUGGGUCUGCUCCUGGGGUUUGCCGUUGACCCCAAACUGGGCAUUGCUGUCGGGCUCAGCCUGCUGGCGGUCCUGUACAUAUUUUUCGUGGUGGUGUACUUUGGGGGGCGCAGGGAGGGGGAGAGCUGGAACUGGGCUUGGGUUCUCAGCACCAGGUUAGCCAGACACAUCGGGUACCUGGAGCUGCUUCUCAAGCUGAUGUUUGUGAACCCCCCGGAGCUGCCUGAGCAGACGACCCGGGCGCUGCCAGUCAGGUUUUUGUUUACAGAUUACAGCAGGCUGUCCAGUGUGGGUGGGGAGACAUCCAUGGCCGAGAUGAUAGCGACCCUCUCUGAUGCCUGCGAAAGGGAGUUUGGCUUUCUAGCAACCAGGUUGUUUAGGGUCUUCAAAACAGAAGACACACAGGGGAAAAAGAAGUGGAAGAAGACGUGUUGUGUGCCUUCGUUUGUCAUCUUCCUGUUCAUCCUGGGCUGCCUGAUCGCGGGGUUCACGCUGCUGGCCAUUUUCAAAGUGGACGUGAAGAACAUGACGGUGAACGCCGUGCUAAUCUCCAUGGCCUGUGUCAUCAGCCUGGCCCUCGUCCUCAACUGCCGAACUUGGUGGCAAGUGCUGGACUCUGUGCUCAACUCCCAGAGGAAGCGCCUGCAUAGCGCUGCCAACAAGAUGCACAAGCUCAAGAGUGAAGGCUUUAUGAAGGUAUUAAAAUGUGAAGUGGAGAUGAUGGCCAAAAUGGCAAAGACAAUUGAUGGCUUCACUCAGAAUCAGACAAGACUGGUUGUCAUCAUUGAUGGGCUGGAUGCCUGUGAACAGGAUAAAGUCCUACAGAUGCUCGACACUGUAAGAGUGUUGUUCUCGAAAGGUCCGUUUAUCGCAAUUUUUGCCAGCGACCCUCACAUUAUCAUCAAGGCCAUCAACCAGAACCUCAAUAGCGUAUUGCGCGACUCGAAUAUCAACGGCCAUGACUACAUGCGCAACAUCGUCCACCUGCCUGUCUUCCUGAAUAGCCGCGGGCUCAGCAACGCCAGGAAACUCUGCGCGGCUGCACCAACCAAUGGGGAUCUUGCAAACUCGGAAGGUUGGCAUGAAGAGGCUGACAGGAAACUUUCCCAGCAUAGUCUCGGGGAGCUCACCAAGCUUGGCAGCAAAACUGCAUUAAACCGAAGGGACACUUACCGGCGGAGACAGAUGCAGAGAACAAUAACUCGCCAGAUGUCUUUUGAUCUUACUAAACUGCUCGUUACUGAAGACUGGUUCAGUGAUAUCAGCCCACAGACCAUGAGGAGGCUGCUGAAUAUUGUUUCAGUUACAGGAAGACUGUUGCGAGCCAAUCAAAUCACCUUUAAUUGGGACAGACUGGCUUCGUGGAUAAACCUGACAGAGCAGUGGCCAUACAGAACAUCUUGGCUCAUCUUGUUCCUGGAAGAGACUGAGGGCAUCCCAGACCAAGCCACACUGAAGACAAUCUAUGAAAGGAUCUCAAAGAACAUCCCGACAACCAAAGAUGUGGAACCCUUGUUGGAAAUCGACGGCGACAUUCGCAGCUUUGAAGUCUUCCUCUCCUCCCGGACCCCUGUUCUCACAUCAAGAGACAUUAAAACCUUCCUGCCAUGCACUGUCAAUCUGGACCCCAAACUGCGUGAGAUUAUUGCAGAUGUACGCGCGGCCAGGGAACAGCUGAACAUGGGAGGGAUCGCCUAUCCCACGCUGCCCCUGCAGGACGCUGCUCCCCGGGCCGCCUCUGUGUUCAGCCAGCCGUCGUCCGCCUGCUCGCCCGCCGCCUCCUUCACCGGGCCCUUCAACCCCCCCGGCGUGGUCUCGCCCCAGCCGCACAGCAGCUACUACAGCGGCAUGACGGGGCCCCAGCACCCCUUCUACAACCGGCCUUAUUUUCCCCAUCAUGUUUGUUAUCUGCCAAGACAAUACGUUGGCAGUUCCCAUCAUCCCUUGUCACGUCCAUCAGUUAAAACGGGCUUUCCCAGGGAUCAAAACAAUGGACUAGAUGUUAUCAAGGAGGAUGCCGAUGAAGGGCUUCCCUCCCCCACUGUCCCUUCAAUGCAGUUUAAAUUGCAGUCUUUCAAACCAAAACAGGGCACUGGCUCUGUGGUGUCUGGAGCACCCAUGGUUCUGCUUAGUUCCAUGAACACGGACUCUGUCUGCGAGAGGAUCAAACUUAUAGAAGGCAUUGACCAGAGCAUGGUGCCUCAGUAUACUGCCACUAUCAAGAAGGCAAAUGUGAAUGGCCGGGUGCUCUCUCAGUGUAAUUUAGAUGAACUCAAGAAGGAAAUGAGCAUGAACUUCGGAGACUGGCAGCUUUUCAAAGGCACGGUAAAUGAGUUGCGCCACCUGGAGAGCCAGAUAAUCCAUGAAGACGCCCGGGCGGUCAGCGAGCAAGGAAGCAGCGUGGUGGGGCACGGCGAGCCGGCCAGGCGGCAGGCUCCGAGCUCCGAGAGUGCGGGCAACCCCGACGGCUCCCUCAUGUACAACCUGAACUUCAGCUUCGAGGAGCUCAGCACCAUAGGGCUGGAUGAGCCGACCCGCCAGAGCCACCCCUCCUGGACGGCGGCCACACACAGGACUCCAAGCAUGUCCAGCCUGAAUUCCCAGGAAUCUUCUAAUGACAUCUGCAAACUAACAGACAAGCAACAGGCAGAAUACAGAGAUGCCUACAGGGAGUAUAUAGCACAGAUGGCCCAGCUUGAAGUAGGAAACAGCACUGGAGAGAAGCCAGUGCAGCCCCACCCUGGCCAGUUCAUGCAGAGCAACCCCCUACACUCAGUCCCAGAAGACAAAGGUAAGGAAGGCGAGCAGGAUGGCAGGAAGCCCUUUGCCAAAAGAGGUGGUGGCAAGUCCUCUGACAUGGUGGACUAUACCUCCUCCACUAUCUCUACAGCAGACGCCUCCCCCCUGGACCCCAUCACAGAGGAAGACGAGAAGCCAGACCACGGCGCCUCCAAGCUGCUCCUGGGGAGGAAGUUGUCAUCAGAGAGGGUCAGCCUCUUCCAGGGUGCCGACCUGAAGCUCAAGGGCACCAGCCUGCGCUACCAGAAGCUGACCAGUGACGAAGAUGAGUCGGGCACAGAGGAAUCGGACAACACUCCGCUCCUCAAAGACGGAAAAGAGAAGAAGCCGGACGCUAAGGCGGCCGACAACAGCCCGGAAGGGAGCAGGCCCUUGGCCAAGGGGAAGGAGUAUCUGUCCGAUGCCAUGCUGGAUAAGAAGGACUCCUCUGACUCCGGAGUGAGGUCCAAUGAGAGCUCCCCCAACCACUCCCUGCAUGAUGAGGAGGCGGAUCUGUCCCAGCUGGAGAAGGCCAACCUGAUUGAGCUGGAUGAGGACACCCUGGCCAGGAAGAGGGGCCUACCGCGCAGCCUGAGCGGCCUGCAGGACCCCGCCAUUGCCCGCAUGUCCAUCUGCUCCGAAGAUAAGAAGAGCCCCUCCGAAUGCAGCCUGAUCGCCAGCAGCCCAGAGGAGAGCUGGCCCUCCUCGAAGGUCUACAACCUCAACCGCACCCCCAGCAACACCACCCUCAACAACAACAGCAACGCGCCGGCCAACCGCCGGCAGGCCACGGAGGAGCCCGAGGCCACGCGGCGCGACUCCAGGCACCUGGAGAACAGCAUCCCCUCGGUGAUCAUCGCGCCCGGCUCCAGCACCAACCCCGCCGCGGUGCAGAACGAGAACCUGAGAGGGAUCCACCUCAAGAGGGGCUUGAACGCCGGCUACGCCAGGCACUCCAAGGAUGGGGCCGCUCCAGAGCUGCACACCGUCGCCUCGGCCGACACCGUCAGUUUUGGGGAGGAGCGGGAGAGCAUCCUGUGAAGGGUGUUACCCUAGGGGCCCUUGGGGCUCACGGAUGCAGAUAGAUGUUUGGUAUUGUCUGUGGAGUCUGUAAAACGUGUUGAUGCAUCCCGGGUCGUAUAUUCAAGACAACGUCACUUCCAGUGCGCUGCCCUUGCUACAGGCCAAGCAGUCUCCCGUUCGGUUAAUCAGAACAAAGCAUAUUCCGUGCACGAGGCCUGUUAAAUUGAAGUCUACCUGGCAAGUUUCAAGUGCAAAUUACUGUACCAAGCCAGUCCUGGCCGCAGUAAAACGAGAACACGGCCUGAUGGUCUGGUCCUCAGAAAAACACUUCACUUCUUUAGACCUAUAAAUGUGACGUAAUUCAUAAUGUGCUCGCGUACAUCUGUUCAUUUCUCUGCCCUGCUUGUGAAGUGGCAAAGAAAAUUGUGGAGUGACUAAUGUUAUUUGAAAUUGCCAGUGGAACUGGAGAGUAAACCAAUAUUUAGAAAUUGUCAUUGUGUCUAGUGUAACCUGCAUGGUGAUGUGCUUAUUCAUGUCUGGUAAUUUAAAUAGGGCUGCUGAUUGAUUAACUCCAUGUUAGAUGAACUGCUGCAUUUCAAUUCAGAUUUUUGCCUGACCUUGUGACUUUCACAAAAUGCCUCAGCCCUUGAAUGAUGAUGAAAAUUGCGAAAGACUGACUUCUUCCAAAAACCAUAGCAUGUCUACGACUGCAUGCCAUAUUUGAAUGCCAGAUGUUAUAGAUGUAGUGCUGCGGUGGUAAAAAAAAAAACAUUUCGUAAGAUGACUUGUGAUACUGUUAAUGUCAACAGAACUUCAGUUUUCAGCCUCUAGCUGUGUAGACUUUAGGACAGCGCGUUUCUUGUGUUGUUAGAAUGCCAGUGUUCAUUGUUUUGAAAUUCCAAUCUAUCGGUGGUGCUGGAACUUGUAAGUACAGUAAAUCGUGGUUUUAAAAGUGUUGAUCGUUCUAGAGGUGACAAACUGUGUAGCAUGUACUCUAUACUUAAAUUGUGCUGUGGCCUGGUUAGAGCUCUGUUCCUGUAUUUCUGGAGUAUAUUUGAAGAUGUAUGGCAAAUAAAUGUCUGAUGUGUCAAUA